AUGGCAGAGAAAGGAGUCCCCGCGCCUGGACCGGCAAAGUUGAAGCGCAAUGCCGGUCCGGAUGAAUGGCUGGAGGCGUCCAAGAAUUGCAAGUACCUUUCCGAGUACCAUAUGAAACAACUGUGCGAUAUCGUGAAGGAGUACAUGAUGGAGGAAUCAAAUAUUCAGCCCGUCUCGUCGCCGGUCACGAUAUGCGGAGAUAUCCACGGCCAAUUCUACGACCUGCUCGAGCUCUUUCGCGUGGCGGGUGGCAUGCCCAACGAGACCAAUGUUGAGGCCCCUAUCAAUGCUCCUUCAGUCAUAACAUCCGACGAUAUCGAACCUCCAUCAACAAUAACCGACCCGAAGCUGCGAAAAAAAAUGAAGAAUGCAGACGGCCUGGAUGAGAUCGAUGACGAUGCUUCGGCGUCAGGAAGAGGGCGGUCCGGCAGUGCGUUGUCCGGAGAAGGCAAUACCAAUACUGGCUCGCCUACGGGAAAUUUCGUCUUUCUGGGUGACUAUGUGGACCGCGGAUAUUUCAGUUUAGAGACUUUGACAUUGUUGCUCUGCCUCAAGGCCAAAUACCCUGACCGAAUCACACUGGUCCGAGGGAACCACGAGUCCCGACAAAUCACUCAGGUCUACGGAUUCUACGAGGAAUGCUUCCAGAAAUACGGCAAUGCCUCAGUGUGGAAAGCGUGCUGCCAAGUCUUUGAUUUCAUGACGCUAGGCGCGAUUAUUGAUGGAAAGGUGCUCUGUGUGCACGGCGGGCUCAGCCCGGAAAUCAGGACCCUCGAUCAAGUGCGCGUCGUCGCUCGUGCUCAAGAAAUCCCUCAUGAAGGAGCAUUCUGCGAUCUGGUUUGGUCCGACCCAGAAGAUGUCGAAACCUGGGCUGUAAGCCCGCGAGGAGCUGGAUGGCUGUUUGGAGACAAAGUCGCCGAAGAAUUCUGCCACGUCAACGAUCUCAGUCUGAUCGCUCGAGCCCACCAGCUGGUCAACGAAGGGUACAAGUACCACUUUGAUAAACAAAACGUCGCUACUGUCUGGAGUGCCCCCAACUACUGCUACCGAUGCGGCAACCUUGCGUCAGUGUGUGAAGUGCGAGAGGACCUCAAGCCCACCUUCAAACUAUUCAGCGCUGUCGGCGAUGACCAGCGACAUCUCCCUGCGUCACGACCCGGGCGUAGUGAAUACUUUUUGUAG